AUGCCUAAGGAGAAGAGCAGCAAGGCGAAGGACGGGGCUGAGCCACCCACAAAGCGGCAGAGGAAGGAUCGCCGGGAGCGCAAGGAGCGCAAGAAUGGCAAGGAGGUAAUCCCCGCCGGAGGAGGAGAAGGAGAAGGAGGAGGAGGAGGAGCUGGUCCAAGGGUGAGGAACAGGUCGUCCACCCCCUCGUUCGCCACGGAGAGCGAGUCCAGCUACUCGGACUCCAGCUUCACCUCCACCACAUCCUUCAGCUUCUCCAGCUCCACCAGCAGCAGCUCCUCGUCCAGCGACAGCGAUGAGGAGCCGGAGGGCUCCACCAGGAAGCCGGAUGGCCCGAAGCCCUCCUGCUGCCGCCAUCGGCACUAUCACCGCCAUCGGCGCCACCACCACUCCUCGCGCCACCCGCACCGCCGAUGUGGGCGUGGCAGUUGCCACCAUCGCUCCGCACACGGCCGCUCCACGAAGCGCUCCUCCAGGAAGGGGCGUCGCGGCGCCACCCACUCCUCCACCAAGGCGCCACUUGUGAUCAAGGAGGAGGCCCCAGCCGCGCAGGCCAUCCUGAUACCGGAUCCCAUUCCCCUGCCCGUGCCGGCUCCCAUUCCGGCCGUCCUCGCCACGCAUCCACAUCCGCAACCGCAUCCGCAGCCUGUGCCGGCUCCCGCUCUAGCCCCUGCUCCUGCUCCUGCCCCUGUUCCUGCUCCUGGUCAUGCUCUUGGUCCGGUGGCCAAGCCAGCUCCCCAAACGGUGCCCAUGGAGCAUCAUCACCGCAAGACGCGCGUGCGCAGCUCCGGUUCCGGCUUGCAGAACCUCAUCCCGGCCACCAGCAGCCACAACCAGGCCGUCUUCCAGUCGAAUACCGUCACCGUCACCAAGAGCACCGCCACUCCCACUGCCGCUCCAACCGCCAUAACCAUGCCCAGUGAUGACCAGACGAUGGGCAAUUCCUCUGAAGGCAAAAUCAAGGUCGGCGGUGCCCGAUCCUCCGGCACGAAGAUACCCCUUGCCAAUGCCAUGGCCAGCAAGUCCGCCAACCAGGUCAAGACCACGGUGGCCUGCUCCUCUUCGAAAGCUCUGGCAAAGCCUGUUAAUCCCAAUUCGAGCCACUCCAAUGUCAACCCCCCCACCGGCACCAAGAAUCCGGAGACCUGCAAGAUUAGGACUUCCAACAAUGAGCGACCGCGUCGUGGACCUACCACGCCCACUGGUCCGGCACCAAAGCGUCAGUGGGAUGAUGAGCGGAGUGAUGGCUACCAGUGGAAACAGCGGCGCAAUCGUAGUUUCGAAGGAUCAGGAGGAGGCGGAGGAGGGGGAGACAGUGGAGGAAUCAGAGUAGAACGAAGAGGAGAAGGAGGUGAUGGAGGUGGUGGAGGAACCGACACCGAGGACAGCCAAGUGGCCUACCGCAACGGCAAGCCCACCAUCAGAUUCCGGCAGCCCGUCCGCAUUGUGCGUCUCCACAUCAAGGGACUCACCCGCCAGGUGACCAAGGAGCACAUCACCGAGAUCUUCGGCCACUUUGGCGCCCUCACCGCCGUCGACUUUCCCAUGGACCGCUACCAGAGGCGCCAGGGGCGUGACUACGCCUUCGUGGAGUACGCCCGUCCCGAGGACUGCGCCUGCGCCAUCAAGCACAUGAACGGCGGCCUGAUCGACGGCAAGCGGGUCACGGUGUCUGCCUUCCAGGAGCGCAUGCUGAAGGCUCCGUGGAGCCACUACCGCCGCUACUCGCCGGUGAAUCGCCGCCAGCGCCACAACUUGCCGUCCCACUCUCGCUCACGCUCCCACUCCCUAUCGCGCUUCCUGUCCCGCUCCCGUUCGCCGAACUUCUCCCGAUCCCGCACCCGUUCCCGCUCACGUUCCCGCUCGCGUUACAAUCGACGCUACCGCACCCCCUCCCGAUCACGCUUUUCACACGGUCGCUCGUCGCCGCAUUACCAACGCACCGCAUCACGUUCGCCUUAG